GGAACUUGACAGAUCRCUUUCAGUAAAACGCAAAAAGKGAAAAUGUUUAAGCGCACUUCCUACAUUGUAAUCUUCUUACUCUUGCUAAUACAGCUUAUUUCUUCCUUACCGAGAUCAUCUUCCUCCGAUUCAGUGGAUUCCAUUUUAAAUGAAAUAACAACGAUAACUCCAUCAGCAGGUGAAAAUGCAUUGCCAAGCGGCCACAACAGCUUUGAGGAAGCGAUCCGCAAGGACUUAAUAAAUUAUGUAAACUUUGAGCUACAACAAACCAAUCAAAUAGCCAAAGAUGUGCUCGCUGAUCCUUCUGUGUAUAGUAUUGAUAGUGAAGUUAUGCAGAAAGAAUUAAGUCUACUUAGAAAGUUUGUGACAGACUCUAAGGAAGCAUUAAAUAGGGUUCUGCCUGCUGAACAAUUGGGUUCGAAUACUUUUUUCUUGUUUGUAAUCGAUAAAAAGAUUGCCCUUAAGGGUUUCAACAGAUUACGUUUUUUUGAGUUCAAACAACAUAUACCGGAAAAGCAGCUAAUAUGGGAUGCUUUAAAAAAACAUGGCUGGUUGGAAUACCAUGAAGAGGUGRAUAAAMRWUMYRAWGAAUACUYWCWCUACWUGGUARAYRAAUUCGAAAWAUAUGUGAAAACACUCUCAGCUGCUGAGAAAGAGAAGGAUAAAGAUAUGAAAGAKAUGAUGGCGGCAUGGAAUGCAUACAAAAAGAAUGAGAUUAGUAAACCUAAUUUUGGGAAGAUAUUGCAUAAAAUAAAUAUUCAGAAUAAGUUUAAUGAGUUUUAUCUCUAA